UGGUCUCUUGUCUCUUUCCGUUAGUUAUUUUCUUUGGGUUACACUCGACAUCAACACAGAGGGCGCUUGGUGAAACUUAAGAAAGUUUCAGAAGCUGAGUUGACAGAAUAAAGCCUACAGAAUGAAGUUGCUAAUCCUGCUGAUAGCCCUUGGAUGUGCUGAGUGUACUCUGAUAGAGUGGACUGCUGCUGACUACUUCAACCCAUGGACCGACCCUGCCUCCUGUGGUAGACGCCCUGGGAGACCGUCCUAUGUAUGUGACCCUAAUGGAGUCAUCAGUGUAGAAGCAGCUGAUUUCCUGGACCACAUCCUUCUGAACUUCCAGAACGCAACCCAGUGUCCAUGUUCCACUAAGAAUUGUGAGGAUCGCGACCACAGCAAGGGCUACCUCAUGGCCAUUGCUCUCGUUCGCAAGCUAAAGAGACCUGCAAAUGUGCCUGACACGGGUGACGCGACCAUGCAGUUAGCUCAACGCUUCACGUACGACCUUCUAAGAAAACACUGGGCCUGGGGUACCUGUGAUGAACUCACUGUGAUCUUCUACUCCAAGGAAGACCAUAUUUUGAUGACGGCCACUGGUAGGACUGCCAACAGGAAGCUUACUGACCAUGUGACCACCUACAUCCAGAGAGAGCUGGCCAGAUUCUUCCAGCCCGGGGGUAACGUGGGGCAGGGCCUUCACUAUCUCACCAUCAACUACAGGCACGUUUUGGACAACUACGACUACGCGCCAGUCCUUUAUGCAGAUGCCAAAGUUGACAGUGCUGCUACCAUGGUGACCAUUUCCAUGACCACCAGCAUCCUCACCUCCCUCCUCCUACGAUACUUCUGCUAGAUAACUGGGGCCAAUCCGAUUUCUCCAAUCUUAAGUCUGUUUUAAAAAUAAUUAUCUUAUGUUCAUUUAUUUCUUUGAUAUUAAUACAAUGUUGAAAUUGAUGGUGUUGAGCAAAAUAGUAUUUAUGAAGGAUGAAAAUUUUGAAAAAAAAAUUAGAGUGUCAUAUUGAUAUAAUUUUUAUUGAAAGGUUGUCAUAUAUUAAAAUGUUUUUUUUUUAAAUCAUCUUUGGAUAUGAAGAUUGGCUUAAACUGAUCGUAUAAAACUGACUUGAGAAGAUACGAGUAAUGGAUGCCAAGACUAUGAAGGUUAUUAAGUUCAUUUACGUUUUUUAGAGGGAAGGGAUGUAUUGAAUGAUUUCAUCAAUAAUUUUUGGAUUUACUGGUAUAAAAAAAAAUAUUGGAGGUUUUAUUAAGUUUUGAAAUAGGUGGAUGAUUAACAAACUAGGAUGGUAUUUCAUGUUUUUUUGCCUCAAAAAGAAGGAGAGUGUUGUUUGACAGUUUGAUCAAAUAUCAGAUUAAUUAACCAGAUUUUAAUAAGAGCAAUGCUUAAUAUUAAACAUUCAAUCAAAAUAAAGGCUUUUAAUAUUUUUUAACAAAGUCUCCAUUUGUCAAUGUUUAAGGGUUGGUUUAGACAUGUAAAUGAAAUUGAAAAUGUUCAUAGUUGUUGAACAAGUUUUGAUGGGGUUCUUGAGAUUAUUAGUGAUAUAGAAAUAACAUUGAAUAUUUGUAUUGAUAUUUUACAUUUGUAGCUUAUAGUGAUUUAGAAAUUACAUUCAAAAUUUGUAUUGAGACAUAACAUUUGUUGGUUAUGUCAGCAACUUUGUAUGCAGAUUUUUUUUCUGACACAUUUAAAAAAAUAACACAAUUUAUUUCUUGACAGUGAUAAUUUACAUAAAUACAUAUUAACUUAUUUUCUUUUUUACAUAAAUAUAAAUAUAUGUUCCGAUUCAAUGUAUAAAAGAAUAUUUGAAUGUUAAGUUCACAUUAAUUUAAUACCAGUGCAAUGGUAUAGAUUGGAUAUCUACAGACUUUAUUGGUUGUAGAAUUAUAUAUUUAUGACAAAAUGGAACUUUUUUUAUAUAAAGGUAGUCUUUUUACUGACAUUUUCAAAGAUUAUACCUAGCCAGGUGGUCAGCAAUAAAAAGAGAAAUUCAGACUCCUAAAACCAGUAUUAUAAACAGUUUUUAGAAUCCAAUUUGUAUAUUUAUAAGUAUGCUUUAUAAAUGUAUCAUAGAUGUCAGUUUUUAUGAUGUUAGUUUUGAUAGCUUCAAGAAAAGUUUAUGCAGACACAAAUUAUUAGUGGAUAAGAAACAUUUGAAAAGGACUAUAUUUCUGUGCCAUGUUGUUCUUUAUAUGCUGCAGAUACACAAAAUGUAUGUAUUAAAAUGAAAAGCUUUAAAAUGUAGGUUUCAAUUAUAUGUUUGUUGUUGGACUUGGGUAAUUUUAUUUAAAGUUUUAGAAGAGAUGAUAUUAUUGAAAAGCCUUCUAGUGUGUCAUGGUUUUGUAAAUGUUAGUUGUAUGGCGUUAUAAAGACACUAUAUAGUAAAUAUGAAAUCAGAUGUAUGCAUCAAAAUACAGUAUUUUUUAUGUCGCCCACCACUUUAGUGGGGGACAUAUUGUUUUUGCCCUGUCUGUUGGUCUGUUUGUUUGCCCCAACUUUAACAUAAUGUCCCCCACCACUAUAGUGGGGGACAUAUUGUUUUUGCCCUGUCUGUUGGUCUGUUUGUUUGCCGCAACUUUAACAUUUUGCCAUAACUUUUGCAAUAUUGAAGAUAGCAACUUCAUAUUUAGCAUGCAUGUGUAUCUCAUGGAGCUGCACAUUUUGAGUGGUGAAAGGUCAAGGUCAUUCUUCAAGGUCAAAGGUAAAAAAUCAGAAAAAAAAUCAAAGCAGCGCAGAAGGGGACAUAGUGUUACUGACAAGCACAUUUCUUGUUAAUGUUUAUUAUUGAUGUCUGAUGAUACUCAUGUAUUUUCAAAAGUGGUGCUGUCGUUAGUUAUUUAAUUUCUAUACACUUGUUUUUGUGCAUAGUUGAAGUUAUAUUUUAUAUUUGUUUCUGGUGAUUUGGCAAAUUUAAUGAAAUUUUCAUUUAAAUACAACAAAAGCAUGUGUUUAUGUUUCAAAUAUAUAUAUUUGUGUGCAAUGUAAUCUCAUUUAUUUCCAGUCUUAGUUAUUAAAUUGCCUUAUGCCAUUUCUUAUUUCACAAAGUUAUUUUAAAUAUCAAAAAAUAUGUAAUGGUGUUGUUUUACUGACUUCAUAGUUUAAAGGAUUGUUUAUAAAUGUUGUUAUGCUGAUAGUUUGUUCUAUUGAAAAAUAUAAUAAGGAUUGUUAUGACUUUUAAAUUCCAACUUUUAAUCCAAAGAUAACAGUUGUGCAGAGUCUGUUUAAGAUGCAUGUGUGUAAAUAAAAAUGUAUACAUUUUCAUUAAUGUGCGCAAAUGUUAGUGCAUUUUAACGUUUUGGGAUGACAGGGUUGUUAUUUAUAAUUCAUUAAGCAUUCACUUAAUAGAGGUCUAUAUUGUAUUGUAUUAAUUGAACAUUUCGUUAUAUUUAAACUUAAACAGGUUGCAGAUCAAAUGGUUUUAUAAGAACUUAUCUAACUGUAUGUAUUCAAAUGAACAUGAUGCAAGUAUUUAGUUUUUUAGACAAUACACGUGGUCUGUUUUUCUGACCGAAUCUAAGACUCUGAAGCAAUUGUAUUUAUAGCUUAGUUAUGUUUGUAUUUGAAUCUCAUAUCAUAUGCCUGCUUCAUGGCAUAUUUAUUACUGAUUGAAAAAGAAUAACAAAUCCUAUCACAUUUCAUUUUACUUCUCAAAUAUCUAUUUAAAAAAGCAGAACAACUUCAACUUCAAAACGUGUGAAAUAUUAAUUCACCGAAAUAAAAUGAAAAGAAAUAAGUUAUACUUGCAACCAUUUGUAAAUGUUUACGAUUUAAAGCGAGGAAAUUAUACAUUUAUAUGUUGCGUUAUUCUGUUCUUUAUUAAAAUAAAACUGUUGAAAUAAUCUUUAACAACGUUUUCUUGAAAAAGUAUUUGGGAUGUUUAGCUUGCAUGUGUUUUGAUGUGUUUUAUCGAGUUUUUUUAGAUGCUUUUUGCUUUUUAGCCUUAAUUUAUGCCUUCAACAUGUUAUAUGCAUGCUAUUGAUUAUGCAAUAAAUAUUUAUAUCUUUGA